AUGUCGCCGGGAGCGCGCGGGGUUCCCGGCCCCGACAUGAACCGCGCAGCCCCUCGUACCGGACCGCUCGCGGAGGCGGACGGAGCGGCCGAGAGAGGCCGCGCGGUCCCCGCAUCGCCGGGACGCGGCGUGCGCGCGCGCGCGUCACCCCGAGUCGCGCGGUCCGGCGUGGGAGCGCCGAUAAGAGCGGAGACCGAGGAGGUAGAGGAAGCUCUGGUCAAAAUAAGAGUCUGCGCCGCGCGCUACGUCAAGGGCGCGCGGCGCAGGGGUUCCCAGAGAGCCCCCGUGGGAGAGGGACGGCCUCGUGACCUCGCGUCUCGCCCCCGCUGCACAACGCGCGCCACCGCCAACGACCGCGCACUGGCCCGGGGCACCGCUCAUGCGGAGUCGUUGGGCUGUCGAACCGAAUGGAUGUGCCCUGCCUGCAUACGUGGGUGUCUCGCCCAGCAGGACGCCCUCCCGCACCGCGCACCGCUCAGCUAUGACUGGAGCCCCCCCCAGGCCCCCGUGUCCUGUCCCUCCUGGGGCCCCAACGACACGGAGUGCAAGACAGGAUGGAGUGGGGUCACACGCGCGCACCUGGGAGAGGAGCUGAACCGCAACAGCCAGCUGAGGGCGCGUCUCGCCCGCACCGAGGAGGAGCUCGCGGGGCUGCGUCACGAGAACGCGCGACUCCGCGCCAGCGCCGCACACGCCCGCAGCCUCGAGCAGCAACUCUCGCGGCUGCUCUCUGAGCGUGGAGCCGCAGCCCUGGGGAAGCGCUGCGCCGCCUGGAGCCCCGACAGCGCGAGACGGGGGCUCAAGACCCCCUUUGUGGGAGGGGGGCAGCAGCAGCAGCAGCAGCAGCAGCCCCUUCCCACCGCACCCACCCCCGCGACCCCCGCGACCCCAGGGCUCGCGUGGCCCCGAGUCCUACAGAUCCUGGGGCUCAAGGACCCCGACACGAUCGACGCGGGCGGCGAAGGGGUCUCGGCGGGGUACGGCACCGGCGGCAAGCCGCCCCUCCUCUCCCCACCCUCCUCCCCCCCGCCGCCUCCCUGCUCCCCCCCCGCCUCGGCCGACCCCCCCGCGUUCUACACGGCCGUGAGACAUCACUCGACCGUGAAGACCCGGUCCUUCUCGCACGGACAAACCUUCACCGCGCGCGACGAGAGUGGGGGGUGGAGGUUUACGUGGGUCCCCCGCGCGGGGCCCUGAUUCCACCCCCCUUCCCCGCCCCCCCAAACAAAGGAGGCCCCCGCCGGAAGGGGGUCUCAGUAAAACGGGGUUCGUAGGGAAUGCGGGGGGGGGGGAACACAUUACUGCCAACACUGCCACGUGCUCACUGCCGAAGAGGUCACGCACACGUGACCCCCCCCCCCCCCGGUGCACCACACUACAAGCCAGACAAAGGUCCCCCGUGUAGCCGACACAGACUGGCGGGGCAAGUGCUGUAGGCGUGCGCCGUGACGGCACGCGAGGGGGGGACGGGUGGCCUGCACCACGCCCGGCCGCCUUUUUUGUCUCCCCAACGCUGAUGUUUACACACCGCAACCGGUAUUCGUUUCAGGCUGAGUCGACCUAGAGGAGGACCAGUACCGGUUUGAAUAUUCGCCACCGUUAUUGGUGGCGCGCGGGAAACGAACUCGGGUCGCCGGGUUGGGAGCGCUGUGCGCGAACCACUACACCACCGCUCCUCCUCAUCUCACAGAGAUACGCACAUCGGCACGCACGGUGGCGCCAAGCGAAAAUAAUUGGGGCCAACCUAUGAUCGGCUCGAACUCGGAUCUUGAUUAAAACUUUAAACGCUCGAGAUUUUUUUUAUAACACUACUAAAAAAAUAGUUGUAAUUGUAGUCUAUUUACUUAAUUAUUUGAAACAGCUGUGAUGUGCGAUUAAGUUAUGUUGCUUGUGCAGUACUGUAUAUAAUGUGUGUGGUCAUGUGACUGCACACAAACACGACGUCUUGUUAGUGGCCCCUGAACGGGCGAUCGUCACCUCGACACACACACACACACAAAGAUAUCCCUUAUAGCCCUCGCAGACUGUUGGGGCAAGUGCUCUUAGCGAGCACCUAUCACGGCCGGCACGGCACACGAUGGGUUUGGGUGGUCAGCACCACGCCCGGCCGCCUUUGACUCCCCAGUGCUGUGGGGCUUAAUAUACACCGUGACAGGUACUCGUUUGAGGCCGAGUCAACCUUGGGGAGGUGCAGAACAGGUUCAGAUAAUCGUCACCAGUGUUGGCAGUGAGCGGGAAUUGAACCCGGGUCGCCGGGUUCAUAGCGCAGCGCGCUAACCGCUACACAACCGCUCCCCACUAUACACACAGACACAGACAAAGACAUAUCCAAACAUAGACGCAUACAAAGAUGCCCCGUAUAGCCUUCAUAGACUGCUGUUAGCGAACACCUAUUAAGGAUGGCGUACACUCUCAUAUAGACACUCAUAUACCACUGCCAAUCGCUUAGCGCGGGUCUCGUGUGUAUGUUGAACUUCUUUAGCACCGUACGUAGCCAACCGUGCUAAGAGACCUAUAGACUUGUAUAUAGAUUCACUGACGCACAUAGAGACCCAAAAACUUGCUUGGAGACCCAUACUCACACAGAGACCCAUAGACAGUCUCACAGACUAACAGAUUAAGAGACUGAGGGUUCAGUACAGAGACCCACCGACUUAGACUUUUUUGGAGUUUGUGUAAGACCCAUAGACUGAUACAGAGACCCAUAGACUGUUACAGAGACCCAUAAACUGGCAUAGAAACCCAUAGACUGACAGAGACUGACUGAGGGUUCGCGUGAGAGUUGGCGAGGUCAGAAAGUGACAUUGGGCGAUGGGAGAGGGGGCACGGCAGUCGAUUGUAAAUAAGCGAGGGGAGCGAGAGACGAGGUCAAACAAGUUUUGAGAACAAAGUCUUGUGUUUGCACUAAAUAGGGAGAGAUGAUUGGGGGGGGGGGGGGCGAGGUAGCAAUUAAAGAGAGGUGUAGAUAUUGAGGUGGGGGGGGGGGGGGAGAUGAGGGAGGGGUGGUUGAUGGGGAAGCAGUGGAGGGUUUGAAACCGCUCAGGAGAAGCACUUAGUUUACAGGGACUUGGGAGUGAGAUGGGCAGCUGCCGUGCUGUGAUCCAGAGGUCGCCCGUUUGAUCUCCAGGCGCGGCAGUGAGAACAACGCGGCAAAUAUCUACAACACCCCUCCAGCAGUAGAAAUCGGUUACAGCGCAGUCGAUGGGACAGGUCGCGUGUGGUGAUGGUGGGGUAGAGUGUGGGUAUCUCCCACCUCUUCUUCCAAGACGUCCGGCCAUUGUGGAAGAGUAGGCCAAAACACCCCUGAGAAGCGUGUUAAUUUAUUACAAUUUAUUUUAUGUGGAGGGGGUGGGGGAGGUCUGAUGAGAGCUGCCAAGCCAACUGGCAGUACACAUGGACUGUAUCACUGCAGUACACGGAUACUGUAUCACUGCAGUACACGGAUACUGUAACACGACAGUACACGCGUACAAGUGUACACACGCACAGUCCUUUGGUCAAUACAAGUGUCAGGGUCAAGGUCAUCGGAAAGGUCAGGUUCAAGGUCACAGCUGAGGUCAAGGUUGGGUCCGGGGAGUACCCCCCCUCCCACUGGCUCGAAAAUUCCCCUGUUGUGGCCGGGAGAGGGGGGUUACUCUUGGGAUCGGUCCACCUUAGGGGGUAGAGAUUGACCCCAGGCGUCCCCCUAAAGUGAGGUUCCUGGAGGGGUCAACUCUGGGGUCAAAUCUUCGCCCCCCCCCCUCAUCCCCAAUCGCCCUCACCCACUUCUCCUCCCCCCGGGUCGUCACGUUUACAGUUCCACUGCGUGGAUCAAUCUGUGCGGAGUUUUCGUUGUUUUGUUGUUGUUUUGUAAACAAUCCCACUUCGCGAGAAGAAGAGAUUUGUGGUUGUCUUUUGAGCUGUGUAACAACUCCCCCCCCCCCACCUGCUCAUUAAACCCGUAGCGUGUA